CGGCCUUUGUCAUUUGAUGUCGAAACAUUUCGAUACAACAUGUGUAAUAUUAAAGAACAACAAACUGAUUAUUAUAUACGUGAGAAAGACCAUUUGACAAAUUUCAAAAGCGAUCAGACCAUUAUAAUAAAUGAUUGCAAUUUAAACCAGAUCACAGGGAUAAAUAUACCGAAAGAAACACAUUCUGCCUGCCCACCCUUGGAAGAAUGGUACCCAUACUGCAAUUCUUACUACCCUUAUGCAGAAGACGUAGACCCCUUAGAAAGAGUCAACCACAUCCUUGGUUCCAAACCUUCCUUUGUCUCUCUCACUAGUUUGGACGCCAUCGGCGUGCUAAGAGAAAGUUCAAACUACUCGGAAAAGUUGGCGCAGCUGCAGUACCUAGAAUCAAACCCUGUUUGUUUCAUCAUACUAGGAAAACCAGGUAUAGGAGAACAGGAACUAGGCAAACGCCUAGCAGAGUACUGGCAAUGCGUUUAUAUUGAACCAGAAAUUCUGAUCGAACAAGAAAUCGAUAAUGGUACUCGAGUAGGCCAAUGCAUCGAGUUCAACUUGAGAUGCGGCAGAGCGAUAGGAGUUGAUGUCAUUCUGCGAUUAGUGGAGAAAAGAGUCAACUCAGAGUCUGCCAAACAUAGAGGCUUCGUUAUAUGCGGUCUACCGCUCAUACCGAACGAUCUAUACGAAGAAGAUCCGAUCAGCUCAGAAUCAGCGGUUUUCACCGUCAAGGAAAUGUUUGAGGAAGUCAUCGAUGCUACCAUCGAAAUAGGAAUGCCUCCAUCCAGUAGGCAUGAAGUAACGAUUUCCUCCAAGUACACUAGCGAAGCAGGAGAGCCUGGAGAAGGUGGGGAAGAUGAUAAAGAAAAUCCAGCUGAGGAUGAGGAAGCACCAGGUGAGGGUGAAGGUACUCCAGUCAAGCAGCAAUCUCCUCCGAAACUUGCACCUCAAAUUCCUCCGGAUCUCGGUGGGGACUAUGAUGUUUGUCAGCCCCCUGAAAUCGGAAUCGAUUUCGAACACCAGCUCAAUUUUUUAUUCGACCUGCUCAAACCACCAUUCCUGAUUAUCUAUAUCAUGUGUAGUACGGAAGAUGUCAUCAAUAAAAGAUUCAACUACAGAUACGAUGUUUAUUCCAAUUUGAACGUGGAUUUGUUGAGCGAGAAAACCAAACAACUGUUCUAUGACUUGUUCUCCAGGCAACGAGGUAAAGCUAAUGAAGACAUCCCCGAUGAAUUUUUCGAUAGUGGAUUGUAUAAUCCGGAUACGUCGAACCCUAUAGAUCCUGUUUUGUUGCCAGAACAUUUUCCGAGUCACGUGUCCACGCAGCUGGACAAUUAUCGAUACACUGCAAUGAAUUUCAUCGAAAAUCGAAUACUGUUGCACGACCCACAGUAUUUUGUCAAGGUCGAUGGAAGGACCAGCGUUCAAAGAAUGUUCCAUUUGCUCAAGGCUCGGAUGAAAAUUCUGCCUCUACAAAGAGUGAUACUUCCAAAAAAAUUGAACGCUAUCGAAGAUAUUGUUGAUACAGGUGAAGGAGAGUUACUAGCCCCCAGCUCGAAUCACAUGAGCCUAGAAGACUGUUACAGACUUUUCAGUAAGAGAGACACUCCUAGUGUUUCGUUCAGAUGGAACUGGUCUGACUGGGGUACCAAGUGUCCGGUUUCAAUGAAAAAUGGUAGAACAAUAAAUGGACAACCAGAUUUUGGGGUCCAUUUCAUGAAUAGAAUAUUCUUCCUGGCUGAUGAACAGGCGUUCAUAAAGUUUUAUAGGAAUCCGAGACCGUUUCUUCUACCCCCACUCCCAAAAUCGUCUUGCAAAAUAUUCAUAUUCGGUCCGAAAUGUUCAGGGAAGACAGCAAUAGCCAAAUGCUUAGCUUACUUUUUGAACGGCACCGUUUUGUGCAUAGAGCAUAUGAUGAAAGACUUUUUGAUGCAGAAAGAAGACGAACAUAGAGAGCAAAUUCGACAAGCUGCCUUCAUCGAAGGAAUUCAACUUCUCAAUGAAAUACGUGCUGGGCAGGCAGAAGAACAAGAGAAGAGUAGAAUUGAACAAAUCAAAGAGUGGGCUAUGGCAGUGAGAGAUUUAAUUCAGAAUCUGAUACAAUUGAUCGACGAAAAGGAUAGGGAACAAACUGUAACUAAAUUCGAAAUCUCCUCGUUUCCUAUGGCAAUGAAGAAAGUGGACUUUGUCGAAAUAGAAACCGAAACCACUAUAGCUAUCAAGAAAGUUAGAGAUCAGCUGGACCAAUACAAAAUCCCUUUCAGUUACGAUGUCCUUGUCCUGAAGAACCUUCUGAAAGAUAGAAAGAAGUUCUUUUCCUACUUACCCGACAAUCUGAAGAAGAAAGUUGCUCCCAAGCCAGCCAGUGUUCUAGAUGACUUUGUCAUUGACUAUGCAAAUCGAGCUGUGGAGAACGCCGACUUAGAUCAUAUCGAUAUAAACAACAAAAAUGUUGUCGAUAUGUUCAUCAGUACUAUGAGAAACGUGGAAGAUGCAUAUAUUGAACAAGGAAAUAACAGAGGAGGCUGGGUUUUGGAUGGAAUGAUAUCGGAUACGGCCAUUCUCGACGAACUAUAUCCUGAUUACAUAGCAGAUGAAAUAAUCUUGCUCAAAGACACAGGAAAUUUCGAGUUUCUCACCCAAAGGUUUUCAGAUAGAGGCGAAAAUACGUUCACGAACUAUCGCGAAUUCUUCAUGAGCUUGGGAAAUAUUGAUGCAGCUUGGAGAGCUCCCUCAGAAAUGUCAACCACAUCUUAUAAAACACAUUUAGCACGUAGUAUACUAUCCGAAAUAUUCGACAACACACUAGAAUCCAGUAAAAUGGCUGUGAAUAUUUCAACGAGAUCUCAAAGCUAUCAGGAAGAAGUAUCACAAUUUUAUAAACAAUGGCCUGAUACGAAGAACUAUUUCGAGAAACUUGGACACGAGGUACUAGAAAUAGAAAUAACCAACAAAUCUUUGCCGGAACUAAUGAUGGAAUGCAUCCGAAUCAUAGAAGACAGGUAUAGAGUGAAAGCCUCUACAUUUUCAGAAGAAGAUAGAGCCGAUGAAGUCAAGGAUUUUGGUGACGAAACUGUGCAAGAAGAGGAAAUGGCAGAAGGGCCAAUCACUGCGAGAAAUCCCGACGAAGAUUCAAUUCAAAAAAAUCGACGCUAUGGUGAUACAUUCUAUUACUGCCCCGUAACUUUCAAGGAUCAUUGGGUGUUAUGGAAGGGGAAGGAAGAUUUGGCAGUCAAAUUCCGAGACCAAGUUUAUCUUUUGAGCUGCGAAGCAGACAUGGAAAAGUUUCUGCUGUCACCAAGGAAUUAUUUGACUAACGCACCACCAAAAACAAUUCCUCCACCUAGAAUAUGUGUAGUGGGGGUAAAAGGAUCUGGAAAAACCACAAUGUCUCAAUAUUUAGCCAACAGUUACGGAUUAUCGUAUAUCAGUUAUUCUUCUAUUCUCAAGAAAAGCUUCGGCAUUAGUCCAUCCCAUUCUUUAGAGGAGUUGAGAAGGGACAAACAAGCGAAUAUGGAAGUAUUCAAUUACCUCACUUAUAACUAUCCAUUGAAAGAUAACUUCUAUGUGAAUAACUUGAGCAGUUUGUGGUUUUCCUACCCCACUAAUCAAAUAGGUUUCGUUAUAGACGAUUUUCCUAAAAGACCGUCAGACAUCGAGUUUAUGACGAAAUACAAACUGAUACCAGAUAUAGUCAUCCACCUCGGAGGAGACGAAACUAAAAUAAAGAAAAGACUGCUUGACAUCCACAGAAGGAAUUGGGAUGAACGAAUGGAAAUGAAAAGGAAGCAAUUAGCCGAGCUUGAUCAUGAAACGAAUACUGAGUGGGAAGAAAAACGUAUGAAGAGGUAUCAAGAGUUAUUGGAGCAGAAAAGAGAAACGAGGUAUGCUAAAAAAAAGAGCGAGAAGGCGACAGCAAAUGACUUGACUGCGAUUUCCCAAGUUAGUGUCGAUUCUAUAGCCGAACAGAGAGAUAUAGAUGAAAUCAACAGGAUGUUGGAUAUCGAACUGCCAGAGACAUCACCACAUCAGCCGUUGGAAACAUUCGAAGACGAUAAUUAUGAAGUACUUAUCACUGAUGACAUUACCAUAGAAUCUGGAUUUUUGAGCGACAUACAAUCUGCAUGUGACGUAGAGCUGAUACCGUUCACAAAAAUUGAAGUCGAUCUAGAUCAGCCUGAUCUUACAUUGAGGAGAGCGUUGUUUAUUACUGAUAGCAUAAAACAUCGCACGCUUUCCAUUUUUGAACGUUGUUACGAUGUAUCUUCAGAAGUAGCUGACAGGCUUCUUUCGAGUGGCUACUACUUUUUGAGUAAAUUCGGAAGAUCAUGUCCAGUACAAUACUAUGAAAAUAGAAACCCCUUCCCCAUGUUGACUUCAGCGGAAGAUCACCAUAACGUUUUCCCGAUAAUUCAUAGAAGUUAUAUUUACUACAUUGUCGGUGAUGGCAAUGUUGCCAAAUUCAAGAAGGACCCUCUCAGAUAUGUUUUAAUCGACAGGGUGGCUUUGAAUUUGAGACCUUUCAAAACAUCCAUUAUAGGCCCCCCGAAAUGUGGUAAAUCAACCCUUGCUCAAAGAAUCAAAGACGAAUAUGGAAUGAAAGUGAUAACAAGAGGUCAAGCUGCCAGAUACGUCCUGACUUAUCUUCCAUUCUCUAGCCUCACUGAAAAAAUGGAGUUGCUAUUGAGGAACGGUAUGGAGUUGACAGACGAUUUGAUCGCCAGAUGUGUGGAAGCUGCUAGUUUCGAUGCUCGAGCAAUCACACAAGGUGUUAUAUACGACGGAUUUCCCAAUUCUGUCGCAGAGGUCAAGAAUCUGUCGUACCUUGGAAUGGUUCCAAAUUUGGUCAUCGAUUUGCGAGCAUCUGAAGAUGAGAUUCUUGAAUGUCUAGCUAGAGAUAUCGGACGAAGAGGCUUUCCCCGUUUCAGUCGACAUUUCGUUCACCAUCUCUGGAAGGAAUGGACCAUACCGGCAGCCAGUUUUAGGAAGUGGUACGACAGAGAAUAUCAAGUAACAUCGGAAAUUUCGAUAGAAACCUCAAACUGGAGCGUCUGGAAGCAAACCAGAGAUUUGAUGGUGGCUGUGUUUUUCGAGAUCCAGCACUAUUACAAUCACGCUGGAAACGAUUGGCCCGUGAGGCUCGCCAACAUGCAAGUUACUCCUCUGGAAUUUCUAGAAAGACAGAGUUCGUAUAAAAGUUUUUGUCCCUGUUGCAUCCACUUUUCCAAUGAGCUUCAUAGUGGGGGAGAACCGCCUGAUAGAACUGGUCUGGUCCAAUGGAGGUACUCCUAUUACUGGUUGUGUCCAGACCAUAUCGAAAUAUUCCUCGAGACUCCUGAUGCCUUUUUGCCCCCCUACAUCAAACACUCUCUACCCUUGGACCUUCCCAGCAUCCAGACACUGAAUGCUAUCCCAGAGAACGUAUUUGAAGACGGUAACUGCCUAGUGUGCUAUAAAAAUUUGCGUGCCCUUAUCAAAGGUUCCAUCGACUACUCUCUGUGCUACAAAAAUAAAACCUAUCUGUUCACUAGUGAAGAAUGCCUUCGGGAGUUCAUGAGACAACCUUGGAUGUUUCCGGCAGAGAUAAGCUUCAAACCUCCUGGCGGCUAUUCUUCGUUGGGCUACAGGGAGCUUCCGAUUUUGGGUAUGCUGGAACAGUAUGUUGCCACUCCUGUCAUCAAAGCCCUAGGCUUCAUCUCCCGACGAAGACCUGUCAUUCCGGGCUUGAGUAUAGCAUCAUCUGCGGCCAUUGGAGUCGGAUUAUUUUUGAAGGUUCAUAAUGAGAGAUUGUCGCCAGAGUUGAGGCCUAUGUAUAGGAGAGGCGAUGAUUUGUAUCGUCAGAGGAUGGAGAAAUUGAUUAGCUAUCUGGACAGGAUGAAGUCGGUGAUCAAUCCCUAUUUGCAUUACGAGGAGCCUAUACCGAAGUUUUCUUUGUUGGAGUCGGUGAAGAGCGAGAGCACAGAGAGCGUCGCUACUGCCAUUUCCAAGAUUGUUCAUGAUGUUGUUGAUAAUGACUCCCAGCGAUCACCAGGGACGGUACUAUUCACCCACGCAUUCACCGGGUGCGAUACUAUCUCAGUGCCGUUUGGCCAAGGGAAGAUCAAAUUCACUACACUCCUGAGCAAGAGUGAACCACUUGCUGAGCAAUGUUUCCUGGCUCUAUGA